UGUGGUCGGUCGUUAGUGGAGCCGCGCUCAACUCGUACAUGGUGCCAUUAUACCGGGUCACUUCGUCCCACAGACCGACACGGCACUCGGCGCGUAUUAACGUCGGCAGAAAAUCCGGCCAGCCUUGAACUUGGUUCACGACCGCAAAUCGGGUCGCUGGGUCGCGUCGUCUGCUACAACGCCACGCGCAGGCGCUGUAAGUCAUCAUCCUGUUGAACGGACGACUGGCAGCAGCUGCGAACGGUGCUGCUGUUUUGGGGGUGUCUCCCGGCCGCUGUUGUUCUCGUGUGUUUGUUCCGUGUGGUGUGACGCUGGCCCGUCGUCGUCAGCUGAUUCUCGGCCCGACCGCAGUUUACAGCUGGUUGAACGCAGUUCCUCGAGGAUCGCCAUGGAGGAACUCAGCGACCUCACCGGCAAAACGGUUCUGAUAACCGGUGGAAACACCGGCAUCGGCUACUGUACGGCACACGCCCUUCUGAAGCGGGGCGCUCGCGUCAUCCUUGGAUGUCGGAGCGACGAAAAAGCCUCCGAGGCGGUUCGCAGACUCCGAGAAGAGAUACCCAGUGCUGCCGUCGAGUUCGAACUCGUCGACCUGUCGUCGCUGAGGUCGGUGCAAGACUUCGGUGACGAAAUCAUCCGACAGGAAGAGCGGUUGGACGUUCUGAUUCUGAAUGGCGGAGCCAUGGCAACCGACAGCCGACAGAGAACGCGAGAAGGCUUCGAACGGACAUUCGCGACAAAUUAUCUCGGACAUUUUCACCUCACUAAUCUUCUGCUACCACUAUUGGAGAAAAGUGCACCGAGCAGGAUCAUCGCAGUGUCGUCUGCCGCUCACAAAAUGGCAUCAAGCAAUUUCCUCGAUGAUCUACAGCUGGAUAAGAACAGCUACGGAAAGUUCCGAGCGUAUUGCCAGAGCAAGAUGUGCCAGGUCACGCACUGCUGCGAGUUGGCUAGACGACUCAAGAGCAAAAAUGUCACUGCCAAUAGCCUCCAUCCCGGUGUGAUCGCAAGUGAAUUCUUCAGAGGCCGAUGGUAUGAAAGCAUUUUGAAAUGGGUUGCGCGUAGCCCCGAAAAAGGCGCUGCUACUUCCAUCUACCUGGCCACCUCAGACGACGUCAAAGACGUGACUGGAGCCUAUUUCACAAAUUGCAAGCAGGUUUCUUCGCAUCGCAUUGCCAACGAUCGGGAAAUCGGGGCCAAGUUGUGGAGUCUUUCCGAGGAAUUCGUUAAAAAAGCGCUCGGUAGUUGAGUGUGCAUCUCGAUGAUCGAAAUAUUGAUGACCGCGAAAUAUAUAUUCGGAGGAACUUUGGUCAUCUGCGCAGUCGACGACAUUCCAGAAUCAUGUCUCGAGCGACUACGCCGCGCCGUGUUCAACCACCCUCGUCUUGUAGUACGC